AUGUCCGGCAAGCGACCUUCCUCCCCAAGUUCCUCAGCUCCGGGCGCUGAAUUCAAGCGGGCCCGUAUCAUAGACCGCCCCGGCUCAGGCACAAGAAAGGGGUCUGGGACGGGCAAAGAUUAUCUCGGGCCCGAGCGUCCCCGUCUUGCUCCCAUUGGUGUCAUAGCGCAAGACAGGACCGCCGCACCGCAGGCCGCCGCGCCUCGUGAGGCGAUCGACUAUGCGGGUCGCAACCGACCCCGCCUUGCUCCCAUCAGUCUCGUCCCAGCGACGAGGACGGUCCCCGCCUCGGACGUCGGCGCGCCACAAGGGCCGAUCGACUACGCGGGUCGCAACCGACCCCGUCUUGCUCCCGUCAGUCUCGUCCCAGAGACGACGACAAUCCCCGCCUCGGACGUCAGCGCGCCCCGAGUGCCGAUCGACUACGCGGGUCGCAACCGACCCCGUCUUGCUCCCGUGAGUGUCGUCCCAGAGACGACGACGGUCCCCGCCUCGGAAGUCAGCGUGCCGCGAGGACCGAUCGACUACGCGGGUCACAACCGACCCCGCCUUGCUCCGGUCGGUCUGAUCCCAGCGACGAGGACGGUCCCCGCCUCGGACGUCGGCGCGCCGCAAGGGCCAUCGACUACGCGGGUCGCAACCGACCCCGUCUCGCUCCCGUCAGUCUCGUCCCAGAGACGAGGACGGUCCCCGCCUCGGACGUCGGCGCGCCGCAAGGGCCCAUCGACUAUGCGGGUCGCAACCGACCCCGCCUUGCUCCGGUCGGUCUCGUCCCAGCGACGAGGACGGUCUCCGCGCCGGACGUCAGCGCGCCGCGAGGGCCCGUCGACUACGCGGGUCGCAACCGACCCCGCCCUCCUCCCAUCGGUCCCGUCCCAGGCGCUCUCGCCCCGCCCUGCUCCCAUCGCCUUGUACCCGCCGAAGAAGAUGACCGCUGCCCUGGAGGCCAGCGCGCCGGGUGGGCCUACUGGUCAAGCUGGCCCCUCAGCUGGACCCUCCCGUCUCUACCCUGCCGACGGGAGGCCCGCUGAGGCCCCAACAGCCUCCCUGGCGGUCAAGACGGGCGGUGGAGCUCCGGAGCCCGGAGCCAUUGAUGGGGAACCGAACCUACCCUCAGACGGUGACGGCGUCUCGCAGAGACAGAUACCACGCCCCCCCCAUCCAUACCGACUGAAGAUGAUGAGCCUUCAAAAGAAGCACUCGCAGAAGGGCAAGCAAGUCGUCGAGACGAACCAAGGCGGACAGGCCAGUCCCAGGCAGACACCUUCUCCGCCAGCCACUCCUCCUCCUCAGUCCGGCCCGUCGAGAGCACCCUCUGUGGCGUCCAGUUCCGAGCCUUCUUCAGACUCUGACGCAGGUCCGGGGCCGGUCGAAGUCAAGAACAACCGCGAGUGGUACAAGGUUCAAGCCAUCGAGUUAGCCUACCAAAAUGAGAAGAAACAGUGGAGGUUCUGGGUGAGCUGGGAAGGCUGGCAGCCUCGGUCGAACAGCGAACUGGCCUGGACGGACGUGAAGUGCCUGGAGGCCCUCCCCAUCUAUAUGGAUAGCGCGGUCGAGCACAUACUCGACAAACGAAACGUCAAUGGCAAGUGGGAGUAUUUCAUUCACUGGAGGGACACCAGCGAAGAUUUCGAUGUAUGGGUCUCGAAGGACUUUUUGAGGGACACCACCUUGUUGACGUUGUAUGAAGACUCGUUGCGACGCUGA